CCCAAUCAAGUUUGUCCAUCAGUGUCCUCUCACAAAGAGAGCCUUAAAGGGGAGGUACUGUAACAACCUCUGUCAAAUUUCAAUCAGAAAUACGGUGGUUAGGUCGGAAAGUAGGCGGAAUUCAGCAAACUGCACACAUGCUUUUAGUGAUGGUUAAUUUUUAUAUAUUUCUUAUUUUGCUUUGUCGUAUUACUUUUAUUUAACGUGAGCGUCCGUACGUGAUUAACGACACCAUACUUUUUUGAGUGUAGCCACUUCAUGUUGAAAGUUACGGCAAACGUGGUUACAUGAUAUGUGAUUACAGUUUUAAUCAACAUGUUGCCUUCGCCCAACGUUUUCAAGUGGAGUGUCCUGUUGGUGUCACGCUCUAUUUGGACCACAGGCUGCGUGAGGUGUCAGAAGAGGAAUAUUUCUGUGAAGACAGGAGGAUGGAGGCAGAGGAUAGUACCCGCAAGAUACCUAGGCCAGCCGAGUCCUUACACCCAUCCGCACCUUGUCAAACAUGAUGAGGUGACGCCGGGCCUGACCCAGACUGAGUACGAGCUUCGUCGGCACAAGCUGGCCUCUCUCAUCCAGGCACAGCUGGCCAGACAGGGCCCCGCCUCCGGCCAGAACGGCACCCCUUCGCCCCACAUCGCCAUCGUCCUCUCCCACCCGACGCGCUACAUGACCAACGACAUCCCCUACCCCUUCCACCAGAACCAGGACUUCCUCUACCUCACCGGCGUCCUGGAGCCGGACUGCGCGCUGGUUCUGUGCUGCGCGCCCCGGCCAGAGAGCGCCGUCCUCUUCGUGCCCCGCAGAGACCCGGCUCGCGAGCUGUGGGACGGGCCGCGCUCGGGAAAGGACGGGGCGUCCGCUCUGACGGGGGUGGAGCGGGUCCACAGCACCGAGGAGCUCGGCCUGGUACUCAAGAGCUUGAAAGGCAGUACAGUGUGGUAUGACGGGUCUCCAUCUUGCCAUCCGCAGCUGCACCUUGCCCACUUGCACCCCCUAUUGGAUGGAGGCCCGAUGGUGCGACCCCUCAGGCCUCUCAUACACUCCCUGAGGGCCGUGAAAAGCCCUGGGGAGGUGGCUCUCAUGAGGGAGGCGGGGCGUAUCACUGCACAGGCCUUUAAGAGGACUAUGGCCAUGUCUCGAGGGGAUGUGGACGAAGCCCUUCUGUAUGCAAAGUUUGAUUUUGAGUGCCGUGCCCAUGGUGCAAACUUCCUGGCGUAUCCCCCUGUUGUUGCUGGCGGCAACCGUGCGAACACGCUGCAUUACAUCAACAACAACCAGAUUGUGAAGGAUGGGGAAAUGGUCUUGCUGGAUGGUGGAUGUGAAUAUUUUGGCUACGUCAGCGAUGUGACCCGCACCUGGCCCGUGAAUGGGAAGUUUUCCCCAGCCCAGGCGGAGCUGUACGAGGCCGUUCUGGAGGUGCAGAUGACCUGCCUGUCCCUCUGCUGCCCAGGGGUCAGCCUGGACCACAUCUACAGCAGCAUGCUGGCGCUGCUGGGUGGGAAACUCCGGGACCUGGGCAUCAUCCCUCCCUCUGCCAGCAACGCCGAUGCAGCCAAGGCUGCACGCAGGUACUGUCCACACCAUGUGGGACACUACCUGGGAAUGGACGUCCACGACACCCCUGAACUGUCCCGCUCUCAGCCACUGCAGCCUGGGAUGGCCAUCACCAUAGAGCCUGGGCUGUACAUUUCUGAGAAUGACGAAGGGUGUCCGGAACGAUUCCGGGGACUUGGGGUGAGGAUUGAAGAUGAUGUGGUGAUCCAAGAAGUUGGGGGACCCUUGAUCCUGUCCGCUGACACCCCCAAAACCAUCCCUGACAUUGAGAGCACCUGUGCACAAGAUUGAAAGGGAAGGAGGAGCCAGAGGCAGAACUAAUCUCCUUAAGCGAGCACGACGAAAAGGAAAGGAGGGUAGAUGGACAGUGUAAAACCCUCUCUACCCUCUGAGGAAGGGGGGGGGGGGGGGGGUGUUCCAGGUACAAGCAGCUGCUUGGAGUAUCCCGUGUGAGCCUAAACUGUAAAUGUGAAUGGACCAUUUUUAUUUGUGCUUGUCAGAAAUGUCUUCAUUAUCCUGACAAUGAAAGGAAUAUACAUUCAGUGAGCAAUUUAUUAGGUAGACCUGUACACCAGAUUGUUAAUGCAAAUAUCUAAACCGCCAAUCAUGUGGCAGAAACUAAAUGCAUAAAAGCAUGUAGACGUGGUCAAAAGGUUCAACUGUUGUUCAGACCAAAUGUUAGAAUUGGGAGGAAAAAUGUGAUCUAAGUGACUUUGACUGUAGAAUGAUCGUUAGUGCCAGACAGAAUGGUUUGAGUAUCUCAGAAACUGCUGAUCUCCUGUGAUUUUUCACACACAACAGUCUGCAGGAGUUUGCAGGGAAUGGUGCAAAAAACAAAAAGCAUCCAGUGAACAACAGUACUGUGGAUAAAAACACGCUGUUAAUGACAGAGGUAUAAUGUAAUGAGUAUAAUGGCCAGACUGGUCAAAGCUUACAGGAAGGUGACAAUAAUGCAAAUAAGCAUGCAUUACAACAGUGGUAUGCAGAAGAGCAUAUCUGAACACACAACAUGUGAAACCUCUCAGUGGAUAGGCUACAGCAGCAAAAGUAAAAAAUAAAAUAAAAAUAAAAAGUCUAGUGAAUUCCUAAUAAAAUGCUCACUGAGUGUAGAACCUCUUUUGCUAUUCUCUCAAUAAAAACAAUCUCUGGA